CGGAGGGUCUCAUGGUCUUGAAGGAUGUUCGUCUGUCCAGAUCCGACCGUGCUCCUGCUACCGCACCUCCUGCCGUCUCUCCUGCGCAGGCGUUCUGGCUCGAGGCAGCGGCCGGGCUUCCAGCGUUGCGCCCAUGGCCUCUGCAGCAUCGUCCAUUGCGCAGAGAACUUUCGAGCUGGAGAACAGAAUCCAGCAGGUGGACGACAAGGCGAUGUACAAGGUUGACGAGGCAGAGCAGGAGCAGAUCUACCAGGCCCACCCGUGGAGGGAAGACGUGCACUUCUUCAAGCUCGUGCGCAUGUCUGCCGUGGCGCUCGUCAAGAUAGUGAUGCAUGCAAAGUCUGGGGUGCCGCGCGAGGUGAUGGGCCUCAUGCAGGGGAAGGUUACUCCCGACGGUUCUUUUGUCAUCAUGGACGCCUUUCCGUUGCCGGUGGAGGGAACAGAAACGCGGGUCAAUGCCGGCGCGGGCGCCAACGAGUUCAUGGUUUCCUUUACGGAGGCGUGCGAAAGGUUGGGCAAGGGCGAGAACGUCUGUGGGUGGUACCAUUCGCAUCCAGGCUAUGGCUGCUGGCUAAGCGGUAUCGAUGUGCAGACGCAGAUGACGUACCAACAGCACCAGGAGCCCUUUCUCGCGGUGGUGGUGGACCCUGUGCGGACCCACUCUGCGGGUAAGGUUGAUAUCCGAGCUUUCCGGACGUACCCUCCAGGAUACACCCCACCCGGUGAUAGUCCUUCGGAGUACCAGUCGGUUCCUCUGGAUAAGGUGGAGGAUUUCGGGGUCCACUGCAAGCAGUACUAUCCGCUGCCCGUGGAGAUCUUCAAGAACAGCAUGGACUGCUCGAUCCUGGAGCUCCUGUGGAACAAGCACUGGAUCGACACGCUGUCGACGUCCCCGCUUUUGCAUGGCCGCAGCUCCUGUAAUCAGAUGGUGCGCGACUGCGUCCAGAAGAUGGAGCAGAUUGACGCCGCAGCCGCGGCGCAGACCCGGCUGCGGACGGCGAUGCAUGAGCCGCACAGGCACAGGGAGGACGGUUUGUUGAGCAAGGUCUCCAUCGACGCGGCCAAGAGCGCUGGGGAACAGGUGCAGGGUCUCACCAACCAGGUUGUCAAGCUCGCGCUCUUCCCCCACAGGUGCCGACCUCAGGCGCCAGCUUCCAGCGGGCCGACGCUGCCACCUCCCUCCCCUCGUCCUCCCUGGAGGUCCCCAAACACCCAGAGGCCUUCGACAUGGAUGAGAGCACUUCCAGAAUGGAGGAGCGAGCGUCCUGAGUGGAGAUCGGGUCCCCC